AUGAGUCUAAUUUUAAAGAAUAGUGUAGUCUUUCCUAUCUUUAAACACCAAGAGACCCUCACCUUCCAUCGAAGAGAAUAACCAACUAGAACAACCAAACGAUUCCACACUGUUGCCCCAAUAAGGCGCUUGGUUUCCUAAUCGACCAGACCCAUAAAUACGACCCAUCAAGGAGAAUCAAUCUUUGAGAGAAGUCCUAAGGAAAAGCAAAAAACCACCACUACUCCAAGACCAAUGCUUUAAAAAGAUCACAGUUUAUAAGGCUACUUAGAUCAUUUGAAUUCUGUGAGAUCAUUUAGACCUCCUUUGGUCGGUGAUGCAACCAUCAAAAAAAUAAAAGAGGAAGUCGAGCUGUUUUAAACUGAAAGUCAGACUACCGUACAAAGAUUCAAAGCUUUAAAAGAACAAGGAGACAAACGUAAGAAGAUAAGUUUGCUCGAAACAGUUCGUAAUCCCUUGGCCCAAUAAUACAAAAGGUUCACCGAAUAACUGUAUAAUUUAAUACACAACCUCCAUUUAUUGAAAGAUUAUUUGAACAAUUCAAGAAAACUGUUUCAGGUAGUCAAAAAUUAGAUCGGAAUAAGAAAAAAUCUUUACAGAAUCUUAAUAAAUCCUCAGACAGAGGAAUUGUAUGAAUUUUCAGAGAUUUCUCGUCUUUGCUGUAUUAGAGACGUUUAAUUUAUUAAUGGGGAAUAGCGAGUAGUUGAGAAAUUCGAUUUAACUUUGAUGGACGAUUUAAUUUAUAUGACUGAUUCCAUAAAACAAUUGCUAUAGCAAAACUAGUUAAAGGCAAUUGAAAGGAUGCGUGACAAUAUUAAAGUAGAAAAGAGUGAGAUUAACAAACUCAGAGGCCAACUAGGAAUGAGGGAGGAAAGUCAUCAAUUAUCAAUUGGAUCUGCAGCCAUGUAGAGAUUCAAACCUCACUUAGAAUUAGAGAACAUUGAAGCCAGAUUAGGAUUGUUAAAUCAAAUUCCUAAAUAGUCACGAUGGACAUCUUAAUUGCUUUGUGAUAUUGUAGAUAGGUUAAAUGAAUGA